GGUAAAGUACUUCCUCACCGCCGCCAGCUUCGGCAGACCCAGCUCGCCGUGGGAGAGCCACGGGUUUUCCGCUAGGGAAAAACCCAAAUAAUGUCAUGUGAGGGUCGUGCCCCGGUGCUACAAGCAGGACCGAAGCCCGGGGCGCGGGGGGCAGCCACUGCCGGUGCCCGGUGCCCGCCAGGGGCGCGGUGCCCGGUGCCGCGGCCGCCCCCGGCGCCCGCCGGCGGAGCAGCGCGGCCGAGGGGGAGGCAGAAGUUAACUUCCACCUGCCCUGGAGCCGCCGCUGCGCCGGCGGGAGGAGGCGGAGGCGGAGGCGGAGGCAGGCGGGGCAGCCGAGGACCCGGCUCUGGCAGGCUCGGAGGGUCCGGCCGGGUGUAAUUCCCCCCUAAUCCCCGCCACGGCGGCGCUUCCCUGGCCGAGCCAUGUCUGCGGCUUCCCCGCCAUGCCGAGCCUAGCGGGGAGCGGGAGGACUGGCGGCCGGGAGGCGCACAAAAUGAAGACCCUGAUGCGCCACGGGCUGGCCGUCUGCCUGGCGCUCACCACCAUGUGCACCAGCUUGUUGCUCAUGUACGGCGGCAUCGGCGGCGGCGGCGGCCGCCCGGAGCCCCGGCGGCGGCAGCAGCAGCAGCAGGUGGCGGCGGUGCCCAGCCGCCCGCCGGGACGCGGGCAGCACCGCCCGGCCCUCCCCGUCGGGGCCGGCCUCCUGGAGGGCUACAUCAGCGUCCUGGAGCACAAGCCUUUAAAAAUGCACUGCAAGAGUUGUGCAUUGGUAACCAGCUCUGGACACCUCCUGGGAAGUAAACAAGGUGACAGAAUCGACGAGACGGAGUGUGUAAUACGAAUGAAUGAUGCACCUACUCGAGGUUAUGGAAAAGAUGUUGGAAACAAAACGAGCCUUCGCGUCAUCGCACACUCCAGUAUUCAGAGGAUUUUGCGAAAUCGCAAUGAACUCUUAAAUAUGAGCCAUGGUGCCGUGUUUAUCUUUUGGGGGCCUAGCAGCUACAUGAGGAGAGAUGGUAAAGGCUUGGUGUAUAAUAACCUGCAGCUGAUGAAUCAGAUACUGCCUCAAUUAAAAGCAUAUAUGAUUUCUCGCCACAAGAUGCUUCAAUUUGAUGACCUUUUUAAACGGGAAACUGGGAAAGACAGGAAGAUAUCCAACACUUGGCUUAGCACGGGCUGGUUCACAAUGACUAUCGCAUUAGAGCUCUGUGACAGGAUAAAUGUUUAUGGCAUGGUGCCACCGGAUUUCUGCAGGGAUCCUAAUCAUCUUUCAGUACCUUAUCAUUAUUAUGAACCUUUGGGACCUGAUGAAUGCACAAUGUACAUUUCACACGAGCGGGGACGGAAGGGCAGCCAUCAUCGUUUCAUCACAGAGAAACGAGUGUUUGAGAACUGGGCACGGACAUUCAAUAUUCACUUUUUCCAACCGGACUGGAAACCAGAACCACUCACUGUAAAUCACCCUGAGAUUAAACCGGUGGUCUGAGGGAUGAACGCACAGGCCGCGGCCGCAGUCACCCACUGUGUCAGCCUUCGGGGUGUUGGACCUUCUGGGACAGCAAGGCAGCCGAGGGGGGAAGGGUAACGGGCUUUGCAGCCGACGACUGCAACACCGGUCAGGAAGUUACGAUGAAGGAGCAGCGCAUAUCAAGAGUACUUUCUGUCAAACUGUGUGUUAAUCCAGUAUAUAGCCUUUUUUGGCCAUCUGACUUCCUGUGUGUGUAUGUGAUUUGUGAAAAACAACUUGAGUAUCAUUAACGGGAUGGUUAAUUCAUUACGGUUUUUUAAAGUACAAUGCCACUGAAUUUUCAUAGUGAAAACUUACAGUAUUUAUUUAAUGGAGGUUUUUAUGCAACCUAGGCCAGUAUUUUUCUAAUUCAGUUACGUGAUUGUUUAUCUUUCAUAAUCUUUCAAAUCCAAAAUGAAUAUCGCUGAUGGUUUGAGAGGCCUAGCUUUUUAUUUAUGAAAUUUGUUUGAAAAAUAAGAUUCUAUAUAGCAUGUAAUUAAUAUUUGAUCUGGAAAUGUUGCAUUUCUUUUAAAAAUUUUGGGCUCUGUUCCAGCCUAGAGCCUUUAACAGCAAGAAUGGUCCCACGUGCAGAUCUAGCUAACUUUACAUUCUGACAUCUCAUGUUAAUAUGAAAACGAUAGUGAAAAUUCUGUUUGAUAUUAAUGUUCAUUUGCUGCUGUGCUGUCAAGCUGCUGUAUUUUAAUUAGCGGUAGAAGGAAGGACGGCAAAGUUUAUCCGAAAAAGAUCCCUGUCUAUAGCAGCGUGCUUUCAAUGAAGAAGAGACCAUCUUAGGCUGGAGGGGUUGCGUUCUGUUUUGCCUCUUGUAGCCCUGCAGGAGGCUGAAGGAGCAACCCUCCUGAGGCAAGAGACUACAAACCAGGCAACAACGGCUUGAAACAACAUGACCAAAUUUCUGAAAUCAAGAAGUUACACUACCAGGUACUCCAACAGCAGCCAUGCUAGCCAAAAAGAUUACAAUGGCGCACCUGCAAAUAUCUCUGCCUUCCAGUGUUCCAAGAUCAUCGCUGAUCUCGGAGAUCCUGGAUCGCACUGAAGUUGGGAUGUGAGAAGAGUUCCAUGAGUACAAAAUUGUCCCCUUGAAAAGAGCAAAGUUACAUUUGGCAGUUUCUUCCCAAACUACACGUGCAUGGCGAGUCCCUGCAGGGGACGGACAAUGCUAGUGCUGUAUAUGGAACCUCACAGUGUGAAUUACUGCGUUACAUUUGGCUUGUGAAUAAAGAAGAUUUCAGUUACAGUAUUAUUUUUCCUUUUGCAUCACAAAUAUUAAGUCUCUGAUUCCUUUGAAGUAAUCAGUAAGAGUAAAUACUGCAUGAAACAUUACACCUCAGGUGACAAAAGGUGUCUUUCAUUAGACAAAUACUAAAACUAGAACAAAGAUAGUACCUUAAAACAUCUCAAUCCAAGAAGCUGAACCUCAGAGGGGAUACAUAGAGCUGGGACCAAACUCACUAUAAUUUAAAACCACUUACAACCCACGGUCUUCCUCUUUCCAAAACUGGACAGCAAUAGCUGCAGCUGCCCUGCAGGCGUCCCAGACCUGCGGGGACAAAGCGAACUGCCCCGCCUGGUACACACCACUCAGCAUACAAACUGAAUGCAAAGCUCUGCUAUUGCCAAUUGCUCGUAACCUCUCUCGUCUGGUGUUUAACUCUCCCUCUUUCACUGACUGUGUUUUAUUCCUUCCACUCAAUUUCACAACACUCUACAAAAAAGAGAAUGGAUUUUGAACUAAUGGCAAUUUGAACAUCCCUUUCAGCAUGUGUACUGGGGCGUGUAUCCAGCAUGUAUUGCUCAAAUUGAUGAACUCUGUCAAAUUGAUUUACAGAUCACUUCUGAUGGGACUGCAGGAGAUGGUACGGACACAGUAGGUCCUCUCAUGCCACCAUCCUUUUGUUAUUUUAUUAGUGAUACGAUUAUGAAAAGAUCUUGUCAUUCUAAAACAGGGCUCUUAGUUUUUCCAUUGAGAGCUGCAGGAUGUGUAUGCUAAAUGCUUACUUAUGCUAUUGUUAAAACCAGAUCAUUUUAAAAUAGAUUACACUGAUCUACUUUAAAUAUCCAGUAGAAACAUGGGCACUUGCCAGGCUCUGCUGUGCUCCACAUGCUCGCUUUCUGUCUGCAAGACUGGUCAAUACCAAGUAGAUCAGAUGAAGUGUUAAGAAUAAGACAAAACAUGGGAUAAACCGACAUUAGAUCUCCUAUCUUCUACCAGAGUGAAGCUAAAUAUUCCUUCUUCAGUUUCUGUUAAUAACAGCUGUGUCUUCUUGUUACCCUUAUACACAUCCAGUCUUCUAAACAAAACAAACCCAAAACUCCCUUUAGUCUCGUCAUCUUCCUGUGGAGUUUCAGCAAGUUCCCCCAUCUAAUUACAGAAAGCAUGAAGGAGUAUUUUCUAAGAGGAAGUCACACCCGCAUAUACAAAACACACUGCAAAAGGAAUUUGAUGAAUCCAAGGAGACAGCAAGUUUUAAAAAGGACUGAUCACACAGAUUUACAUGGAAUAUAAACCCAGUCCAAAAAGCACAAGUUACAAGAGUGCAAAAGAAACGUAAAUAAUUUUUGAAGUGUUGCAAUUUUAAUUUACAAAUUACAAAUCCUACCAAAGCCCAAAUUUUCAACUACAGCACAUCCUGCUACAUUUCAGCCUGAAGUAAGGUUUUAUGGGCUAGUUAUAAACCAAACAGAUUUAUGAUAGAAAGUGCUGUCAGACCAGAGAUAAGUAGCACAAACUAGGCACCGCUGCCAUUCUCUGGUUUAUGCUGUCAUCUUGCACUCUUCACCUUAAUUUGAUCGAUUCAUGAUCUUCACUGUGCAUCAUUUCACAUAUUAAAAACUGUUGCAAAACUGUGUUUACCGACAUCAGCGGUUUUAAGAUCUAUGUUACUUCAGUUCUGAACUCCUUCCAUACCUUAUGCUUGGCUUCAUCAGAGUAGCUAUUUUUCAUCUUGAAGAACUAUAGCUUUUAUGCCGUGAAAGGUGCAACGGGAACUGAGAAUGAUAAAGAAAAUAUCUCUGCAGCUAAGAACAGAAAAAUGAGACCAUUGGUUUCUGUUACUUUGGCUCAAUGGUUGCACGAUGCCCAGGUAAGAGCAUCGAGAUACAAAGCAGAAACACGAUGCACUUUGAGAGGACCUUCUUUCCAAAGCGUUAAAGCACCUCAGAAAGAUAAGUGAAUACUGUUUAUUCUAGGUAAGGAAACUGAGGAAAGGGGAGGUUAAGAAACAGUGUUACUAAGACCCAGUUACAGCCUUAGUGCUAGGUUUUAGAAGAGUAUCAGGUGUGCUGACAGCUGCUCCUGGCUCUGGGCAGAACACACAAUGGCAAUUUCAUAUAUUACAUACACAUACACAUGAACAGGAGUGUAAAGUGAUAAAAUUCUGCAGGAGGUGCUGACCUGGGUCUUGCCCUGCAGUAUUUCUCAGGCAAACUUCAUAGGAAACUAAGUGAUCUUUACCCAAAAUAGCUCUAAGGAGGCAAGGACACAAUAAUAUAAAAAUACCUGGAAGAACAUUGGGGGUUGGGGUGAGGGGAAUCUAAAGAGUAAGGAAUAAAACAUGGUUUGAGCUAUCCAGCUGUAUUCCCCUGGAAUAUGAAGAUCAAAGUCAGGCUGGAGCUGACAGAGUGGAAGGUUCUGGCUCAAUAGCAAUGACCGUCCUGCAGAAGUUUCCUUGCGAUAUUCUACAAAUCUAUCACGUGCCACAAAACUUUUUGAAAAAUUCUGAUAAUCACCUCUGACUAAUGAAAGGUAAUGGUUUUAUUUGAUGCAAGGAGAUGUAAUAUCUAGUUCAAUUAAAAACAUAGCUUAGGGAUAAAAAAAAUAAUCAAGGAACAGUUAAACAGUGAAGGAGUGCUUGUAAAACAACAAAAUGUAGUGCAAAAGAGAAGAAAGUACAGAAACUUCACAG